AUGGCUGAACCCCCGCCAGAGCUCUCCUUCACCCCGCCUGGCACUCCCUUGAGCGCAUCACCGCGAUACCACCACCACCACCACCACCAACAACUCCCGAACACAUCCAUGGAAGAAGACCCGCAUGCUGAGGGUGCUCGCACUCCCAAGCGACAACGCGUCGACAGUGGUAGUGGCACUGGUAAAGGCAGUGACGUCCACGAGAUCUUGUCCAUUGAAGCUGCCUCUGCUGCCUCUUCCUCCGCUGCCGCAUCUGCUGCCGCUGCCGCCGUUACUGCUGCUACUUCAGCUACUUCAGUCACUCCAGUCACGCCUUCACCAGCCACCAACUUCCACUCCCCCGCCAAAGUUACCAUCAACAUGAAGUCCCCUACUUCCGAAAUACCGGAACCUCUCGAUUCCUCCUCUCCCACUCUACUUGCCACCCUCCCACCCUCACCUCCUCCCAACGCGACUCCGACUUCGAUCCCCAACUCAAAUGCCGUAUCUGCCUCCGCCCCUUCUUCCCCCGAAGCAAGUCCUCAGAUCGAGAUCGCCGAUCCGGAAGAUAUGGAGCAAGACUCCAAUCACUCAAAUUGGAGGUCCUUGGAGGAAAUCGUCCGCCGUGAUUCACAGUCGGACCUUAUUCAAGACAUCUCCGACAUGACUCCAUUGGUCGACUCGUUUCCACGAGUCCGCCCAGAGCUCAGUGCCUCUAGCAGUGUCGCAAGAUUCAUUCAAGUCAUGGAUAAAGGUGAUAUGUACGAUGCUGCUGCCAUCAUACAGAAAGUCCAGACCUGGAUGGACCACUGUGUUCGUAACCUGGACCUUCUGACCCUCCAAACAUAUGCCCAACACGAGGACUUCUGGUCAAAUUUCCCGAGCAUCGUGGAGUUUGCCCUCCGUCGCAAAACCGACCUUCCAAUCAACGACGGGGUUGGCCUGCUGCCCUGCCUCAAGAAAUUUCUUUUGAACUAUGUGCAGAUCACUCUACACCUAAUCCAACAGGAUUCCCUCCUCUUGCAGGUCCUGGCCGACGAGCCUGAUCAACAAACACCAGAAAGCAUGUCAAAGUGUUAUCUGCAACAGCUGGGAUGGCUGGUCUCCUUUCAAAGCAUCCCGCUCUACGGCGCCCUGGACAGGAUGUACGGUAGGGAAUUCCGAGCGGUCUUACUAGAUAUCCGAGCCGAAACUCUCGGCCCGUUGAAUGCCGCCGCGAAACUCGCAGACUAUUGCGCUCUUGCCCUCGAGCUCACCCCUAAACACCCCCAGCUUGUACAUAUGCUGUUCUUCUAUCUCACGACCAUCUACGGCCUUCUUGACUGCACCCUGGAGUCACUAGAGAACACCGAUCUUCUCAUCUCAGAAACUACGACUUCAACUACUGCCCCAAUCAAUCAGCUUUACACGACUCUCAGGAAUGGAUCACAAAGAAAUCCCCCCUGGGCCACAAGCGAUAUUAGUGACACAGUCGGGCGUCAUUUCCCUCGCAACCUGCAGGCUCUCUGCCGUCGGGGCGAUGAAUUCUUGCAGAGACUUUCAAAAGACAUGGCGAUCGAUCUCCCUGACCAUACUAGUGCCGACGAGAACACUCGCAUCCUUCUCGGGGGCUGGAAAUUUGGUAUCUUGAAGAAGCAUUUCAUGGAAGGCCGCAUGGAGCUUCGAGUCAAUGGUGUUGACAAAAUGCAGGCUGCACUGGUCGACGUGUGGAAGGAGUACAUUUCACAGAAUCCCGAUGGCAUCUCGAACCCCUUUGUCCAGUAUCUCGUUCGCUUCAUCAAAGAAAACAAGAUCGUUGACUAUCUUGUGGGCGUCGAUUCGCAUCCUCAGCUGAUCGGUCGGAGCAGCAACAUCGUCGGGUUCUUGGUGGUGACAUCAACAUAUACGGAUCGCGAAACGGAUGUCAUCUGGAAGGCCGUCACAGAGAGCCAAGACAGCCGUAUUGUCUCGGAGGUACUGUCGAUGCUGACGAAGACUUUCUAUAUGCACACGACUGCCUCCCCAGCCUUGCUCUACCUUUGUGAAAAGCUCUUGAGCCUCCCUCUCGACAGAUUCGACGCGGGCAUGCUCGAAUUUUGCGACAGCCUUCUCGGCCAAAUGACCCCCAGGCACAACCCUGGUCACAUGUUCAUGGAUCAGUCAGACCCCCAACAUGCACAUGCGAUUCCUCUGCGGCUCUGUGUUCGUAUGAUCCGGGAGAGUACCGUGGCAGAAGAUCUCUCGGCGGACCAGAGGACGAAACUGCAAAGCUUCGGCAGUCGCAAGCUCUCCGAUUUCAUCAAGGCUGGCAUUGGUGAAGAUGACCGAAUGGAAAUGUACGAACGCUGCAUCCAGGACAUUGCGGAGAUGAACCAAUUCACGACUGGUAGCAUCCAGGCGCUCAGUGCCCUCGUUCCCCACUGGGACGCGUCAGAGAUGAGAAAGCUUGCAACCGAUUUCGACUUGACUCGACUGGUGAUCAACGACAUGUUGCAUACCGUGAGCGGGACAAACUUUGAUCUUGCCGACUGUUUCUCCCAGCACGGCCUUGUGUCGCGAGUCGAAAUUUUAUCUCGCCUGAUCAACCAAGCCCCGGAGACUGUGACCCCGGAGCUCGGAAGUGCAUUGUGGAAUCAAAUACUUCUGUCGCCGAAGUUAGGACCGGAAGGACACCGGAUUGUCUGGGCCAUGAUGGUCAAUUCUUUGAGUCGCAGUGCCUCACCGAACUCAUUUCUCGACCAAUGUAUCCAUGAACACAUGCCUCACCUGACACCCAAGGACUAUGACUUUGAACUCCUACUGUUUGCGAAACAAUCUGUCAAUUACGAAGUACGAUUCAAACCACCCCCCGCAGCUGGUGACAACGAGAUUGUGUUUAUCCCGGGAAUGGAUCGCAUUUGGGAUAUCAUACUCACCGCUCCGCCGGGUACGGUUGAGGCCGAGGCAACGAAAUUUGCCAUCGAGGUUUACUUGGAUCACCAGAUCAUUCAAACCGCCCCGCGAUCUGCCGUGGACGCUACCCAUGUUUCCAUUGUCGGCCGUUGUGUGAGUCAACUGAAGUCGGCCGCAGCCACCAUCAACGCAAGACCUAGAUCAGACGGUGUGGCUACGAAUGGAGCGACUGAGAUGGAGAUUGGAGAUGCGAGUGAAGCUGAAGAAUUAGACGAGCUCAUGUUCAUACGUUCGCUCCACUUUCUCCAUCAGCUUCUGGAGGGCCUGCGAACUCGCCCUCGAUACAGCCCUCCCCAAGGUUCGCCGCCAACCUUGCCUCAACGGCCAGUUCGAGGCAGCCCACUGGAUCUGAGAUGGCAAUCCUUCCGCGAUGGCUUCCCUUCGCAGAUUCAAUCACUACGGAUUGGCGAUGAUUCCACGGCAGCAGAUUUGACAGAGAGACUCACCCAGCUCACUGGCUUUUCGAAAUUCUCAACGAUUGCUGCAGGUGCUCGUUUGGACCUGUUUGAGAAACCGGACACCCCUCUUAAGGAGAUCAAAGCCCUUCAGGCCGGUCUCCUGAUCAUCCGGAAGUCACCAGAUGCCGAAGAGUUGCAACGCAGUAAUAAAUGUCAACCACUCACAUCGGUGGACUCCGAGGUGAUGAAGUAUUUUGAUGAUAUCUACCAAUUCCUGGCGCUCAGUGAGCCGCUCGCCGAGCAGACCUUCACGUUCCUUACUGCCUUCCCGCCAAAUGAUUGGGUCGUGGAGCGUGUCAAGUCUCAAACUAGCAAUGCCAACGAUCUUUUCCCCUUCGAUCGGCCUUACAUUGCUUUUUACAUGUUUCAUACAUUGCUUCAUUGCAUUGAUGACGAAGCCACUGAGGUGUCUCCAAAUUAUGAUUUUAUCCGGCAUAGUAUUGAUGUUUUGCGUGACCUCUUGAUGGCGGACAAUUUAUCCAAGCUCCGGAGUGAAGACCUGAUCAAUUCUGCCCUUGCUAUGUCCGCAGUUGAUCUUCUGCUACGUCUGGUAUCGAUGUAUCCUGUUGAAAAUGACAAUCGCGUACUGUUUGCCGGCCCACAGCCACUCAUUAAACGGCUUCUAGAUUUCAUCGACAUUUCUCGUUCCUUUGACAGCCCUGCUUCAAUCCAGCUCGGCCAGGGGCUGACAUGCAACUCAUUUGCAGUUCUUGUCGAAGCUUCACUGCGAGACCACACUUUUUGGACGACUUUGAAGGAUUCAAUCGCAGUCAACGAGUUGGUCCAGUCGCUUCUACUUGAACAAGGCCACCAACCGAGCCGCAAUGAUGUGGCUGAGCGUAUAAAAAAGGCCUGUGGCUUGCCAAAGCCUUCGAAGCAGUCACCAAAUGGCAAGGUUGAUGAAGGGGCGGUCAUUUCUGUAACUUCUACAGAGAAUCCCUCCCACAUUGACAUGCUUGCGACCAUCUGGCAAUCCUUGGUUAACAUCAUUCCUAAUUCACUUUACUACGCAACCCAGAGUGCAGAGCUUUUCAAGGUCUCCCUUUCGGUUUUCCAGUCGGUUACAGGAUCGACCCAUUGCGAUGCGACUCUAGAUCGCUACGUCGAUGAGUGGAGUGAGGUAUUGUUUCAGCGACUGGACCUACGCACCGAGGAGUUUGUUGGCCGAGAGACUGUCGAUCAUCUUGUCUUCGGCAUUGCUGUUCUGCUUGAGCAGUGUCUUGAAACGGCUGAUUUGACCCAGGUGGAACUUCACACCACGUAUGUGCUGCCGAAAAACGUCCGGCGAAACUAUCUACUAACCACAACUAGUGGCAUCGGGGAGAAAAUUCUCAGCGAACAUCUUUUCCCAAGCUUUUCCCCGGACCCUCCCUCGGAUUCCGACCUCCUGAUUAACCCACGAGUCCCUGUUCUACACAGCGCAACGCGCCACAAGCUUUUGAGCAUUGUCUAUCUGCUUUCAAAGCAAAGCGACGAAAACACCGCGUGUACUAUCAAGCAGCUGGACGGUCUUAUUCCCCGAGGUCAGUCCAAUCUCCGCUCGCUUCGCUGUUCAAAUAUCCUCUUUUCUGACGCGGGGAACGAAGACCACCAAUACAAUGGAUCCUGGAUUGUCGACCGUGCAAAGACACUUCGAGCCCCGGAGGGCUAUGCCGGCCUUACCAAUCUCUCGAAUACGUGCUACCUGAACUCGCUGAUGACGCAACUCUUCAUGAAUGUCGAGUUUCGGGACUUCAUUUUGAAGCUCAAGCUCGUGGAGCCUGACACUUCCCAAAGGCUUCUUGACCAGACGCAGAAAGUUUUCGCUUUGAUGCAAAACUCGUGGUUGAAAAGCGUUGAUCCAAUCGACUUUGUCGAGAGCAUCCGGACAUAUGACAACGAGGCGAUUGAUGUCACCAUCCAAAUGGACGUUGAUGAGUUUUACAAUCUCCUAUUUGACCGAUGCGAGGCCCAAAUCGUCGCCCCCGAGGAGAAGAAGAGGUUCCGGUCUUUCUACGGUGGGCAACUCGUUCAGCAGAUCAAGUCGAAAGAGUGCCCGCAUAUCUCGGAAAGGCUGGAGCCGUUCUCUGCCAUUCAAUGUGACAUUAAGGGGAAGGCCAAUCUUGAGGAAAGUUUGCAGGCAUACGUCGAGGGUGAAAUCAUGCAAGGAGAUAAUAAGUAUUCUUGCACAUCAUGUGGCCGUCAUGUGGAUGCGGUCAAGCGGUUAGUCGAUCUUUUGAGGGCCUGUCUUAAAGACGUGCCAGACAAUCUGAUCUUCCACCUGAAACGAUUUGAUUUCGAUAUGGUAACUAUGCUGCGAAGUAAGAUUAACGAUCAAUUCCAGUUCCCCGACCUCAUCGACAUGUCACCAUACAAUGUCGAGUAUCUGUCGGAACCAGAGAAAUCCGUCGAGCCAGAUAUUUUUGAGCUCGUCGGAGUGCUUGUUCAUACUGGCACUGCUGAAUCGGGACACUACUACUCGUACACCCGCGAGCGCCCCAGCACCGAGAAUACACCUUCCUGGGUGGAGUUCAACGACGCGGAUGUUAGCACGUUCGAUCCGACGAAUAUUGCAGAUCAAUGUUUCGGUGGCCAGACAGAAGCCAUGCACAGCCUUGGCGGUGUUCCAAUGAACAAGCUCUGGAGCGCUUACAUGUUGUUCUAUCAACGUGUUUCCUCCAUUGAGAAAUCCAAGAACAUCUACAAGCCCGCCAAGCCCGGCAUCCCAGUCCGCGCGUCAGUACCAAUUUCCCUGGCCAACCAGAUCACCUUGGAAAAUGAAGUCUUCAUCCGAGGUUAUUGUUUGCUGGAUCCUUUGUAUGCCAGCCUUGUGGUUCAUCAACUGCGGCUUGUCCAGGACAUAUCUCCAAGCUACCCAGACAAGCAGACCUCUGAAUCAUUAGCUGUCGGCGUUGGAUUGGAUACAUUUGAGCAGUUGAUCGCAAGAAACAAAGGUCACAUGGGAGUUGAAGAUAUUGUCAGUGAGCUUCACUGUAUGCUGCGUCGGAGCCCACAGACAGCUUCGCGGGCGCUCUGGUGGUUUUGCGAGCAUCCAACUUCAAUCGGAAAUUUGGUUCUCAAAACUGCGAACGCGGAUGCCGAAAUUCGCCAGCGUGGGCUGCUUAUGAUUAUUUCGGCACUGAAGCUUUAUCAGAAACACCUGUCCCAGAUGGACUUGGAUGAGAGUGAACGAAAGACUUGCCAAGUUCAGUUUGAGCGAAUUGUCGAGAACAUCGUCGAUCUUUUCGAAGAGCUCUGGCCGAAUGUUCUCACAGUGGCUCGUGCCUGGGAUGACUACUUCGACUUCUUCUCUCGUCUUGCCCAGGCCGGUAUGAGUCAUGUUGGCGUUAUGCUGGAUCAUGGGAUCCUGGUCAAAUGUCUGGACGUGCUCUGGCUCGACCAUAAUGAUAAAGCAAGACUGAGGGGCUCAUACCUGCAUUAUAGCAGGCUGAUAGAGAAGGGACGUCGCUUCUCAUACGGACAAUUGAUGCACCUCUGUACGACGCUAGUGGCGUCGCUUGACUUCUCCCUAACGCCGGUUCUUGGUAACGAACAGCGGAUUAUGUCUGCGAAAGGAAAGUAUGCACUCAAUGUCAAGGAAGCGAAGAUGCUCCUGUCCACAAACGAUGAGGGUUAUAUUCCAUUGUUGAUGAAGCUCUUCCAAACUGAAAACUUCUCCGAAUUGACGAACACUCGGUACAUCAUUGAUUCCUAUCUCAAGUCGGAGCCUGGUGCAGGGUUCCUUCACAAUAUUGUCAAGACACUGGAGAAUGGUCUGCGGCUAUCACCCGUUGAAGUCUGCAUUCCAUACCUUGACGCCACGCUUGUGUUUUGCCAGAAGAGUCCGGACGAGGCGAGUAUCCUUGGUCUGAUCGACCACGUCGCAAAGGGAGUCGAGUCGAUCAACAAUGUGGCGGGACUAGAACACCUGGAGUUCUUCAUUUUCCUAUGCAAAUCCGAAAAUGAACGGGCCGGGCUAUCUCGCGCAUGGUUCAAUCAAGCCGUUCAAGAUCAUAUCCCGGACUUUGCGCCGACGCUCCUCAUCGACACGGACCGGAGGGUGCGCAAUAGUACUUACGAGCUCGUCGAUGGUUUGUUGUUCCUCGAACAUGAUGACUUGUAUGAUGAAGCCAAGGCGCAUCGCUCACUGAUUGCCCAUGAACUGGUCGCUGCCUGUCUUCUGCGUAUCUCUCACUCUUUUACCGAAAGCAGUUCGCUCCCGUCUGUCGAGUCGAGACAAGUUUCCGCCAUUACCUCUGCGAUUCGCUGUUGUCUGGAUUUCUAUUACGAUGACAGCGAGCAGGACUUGAAGGCUAUGGAAGAAGCUAAUCUCCCAGAAACCCUCCUCAUCCUGGACCAAUUGACGGUCGAAGUCGCAGACGACCUCGAAUCAGAAGAAUCCGAUCCUCCAACUCCCGAAAUGUGGGAAAAUACUUCACCCUUGGCUAGCGACGACGAAAUAGGACUUACGGUUUCUCCUUGA